CAGCCCAAAAUGUUGACUGACUGGAUGUUUUAAGUGCAGUUUAGCAGGACAAUACCAGUAGCCACUCAGCGCUGUAAAUGUAAAAGUGCGUUUAAUGUGUUUUGAGCCUCAUGUGCGCUAACAGUGACACUAAUCGGUAACUCUUGAAAAUACUAGUUACAAUUUAACACGAAUGUAGCACAGCUCAUCGCGCAUGCGCGCGCCAUCACGCGUGCGUAAAAACGCUAGGGUGACUUUCAAAUAGGUCGAUCGAGUCUAUAUAAGCGAACUACAUAGGGUAUGAAAUAAUGGCUGCUUCGCCCUACAUAGUGCACUAAAUAUCUAAAACUAUGUUAUUUGAAAGUUUUUCCGUGAUGGGCAGGGAACACUGAAUCACUCUUCAGUACUGAGAGGUGCUGUUUCAGAUCUUUGCACGGUUUUCUUUAUUUUAUACAAAAACAGCGGGACAUCAUGGUUCUUGAUCUGGACCUUUUUCGGGCGGAUAAAGGCGGCGAUCCAGAAAUUGUGAGAGAGUCUCAACGGAAAAGGUUUAAAGAUGUGUCUUUGGUGGAUAAACUUGUCCAAGCAGACAAGGAAUGGAGGAAGUGUCGCUUUGUCGCAGACAAUCUCAACAAGGCAAAGAAUUUAUGCAGCAAAACUGUUGGUGAGAAAAUGAAGAAGAAGGAUCCAGUUGGGGAUGAUGAAACCCUCCCUGAGGCGGUCCGGAACCUGGAGACACUUACAACGGACAUGCUAUCAACACUGACUGUGACGCAAAUUAAAAAGGUUCGAAUGCUGGUGGAUGACGCAAUUCAAAAAACAGACAAUGAGAGGCUGAGGCUGGAGAUGGAUCGUUUCGAGUACCUGAGAGAGAUUGGCAACCUCCUACACCCCUCUGUUCCCAUUAGCAAUGAUGAGGAUGCUGAUAAUACAGUUGAACGAAUCUGGGGUGACUGCACAGGGCAGAAGAAGUACUCUCAUGUGGAUUUGGUUGUCAUGGUGGAUGGAUAUGAAGGAGAGAAAGGUGCCAUCAUUGCAGGAAGCAGAGGAUAUUUUUUAAAGGGUCCUCUAGUUUUCUUAGAGCAGGCUUUGAUUAACUACGCCCUGCGGAUCCUUUACAGCAAGAAUUACACUCCUCUGUAUACACCUUUCUUCAUGCGUAAAGAGGUCAUGCAAGAGGUUGCUCAACUCAGCCAGUUUGAUGAGGAACUGUAUAAGGUUAUUGGCAAAGGCAGUGAGCAUUCUGAUGAUACAUCAGUGGAUGAGAAGUAUUUGAUUGCCACUUCAGAACAGCCAAUAGCAGCCUUCUUGAGAGAUGAGUGGCUUAAGCCUGAGGACCUGCCAAUCCGCUAUGCUGGCAUUUCUACCUGCUUUAGACAGGAAGUGGGUUCCCAUGGCCGAGAUACUCGUGGCAUAUUUAGGGUUCACCAGUUUGAAAAGAUUGAACAGUUUGUGUAUGCCUCACCUCAUGACAACAAGUCAUGGGAGAUGCUUGAUGAGAUGAUCACAACUGCAGAAGAUUUCUACCAGUCCUUAGGAAUACCCUAUCGCAUUGUUAACAUAGUCUCUGGUUCUUUGAACCAUGCUGCCAGUAAGAAGCUGGACUUGGAGGCUUGGUUCCCUGGGUCUCAGGCUUUUAGGGAGCUGGUGUCCUGCUCCAACUGCACCGACUAUCAAGCUCGCCGUUUACGCAUACGCUAUGGCCAGACAAAGAAGAUGAUGGACAAGGCUGAGUUUGUGCACAUGCUCAAUGGAACCAUGUGUGCUACUACCCGUGUGAUAUGUGCUAUUCUGGAAAACUACCAGACUGCAGAGGGCAUAAUUAUUCCAGAGCCACUAAGGAAGUUCAUGCCUCCAGGCUUGACUGAAAUAAUCAAGUUUGUGAAGCCAGCUCCUAUUGACCAAGAAUUGUCAAAGAAGCAGAAGAAACAACAAGACGGAGGAAAGAAAAAGAAGCAGCAACCUAAUGCAACUGACUUGCAAGACAAAGUAGAAAAUAUGUCUGUGAAUGACUCUUAAAAUAUUCUGUGUUGUACAGGACCCACUAGUAUUUGGGUAGACAUAUCUGUCAAAAUUAGUUAGUUUCAUUGACAGAAAACAUAGCUUAGUGUUCACUGGUGACCUGUCCUUGCUGUCCACAAUGACAUGUACAGUACUUGCUUUAGACAUCUUCAAAGGUAUAUGAAUAAUGUGGCACAUCCAAAUAAAUGAAUAUGAAAUGUC